AUGGCGGAUAGCAAGGUCUCUUCGGCUCGGGAAGCAAUGGAAGGUACUGAUCGCAGCCUUUUAGGCGUGUAUUUCAGUAAUUUUUUCUUUAUAGAAGAAAUGCAUCAGUUUCAUCAUUUAACAGGUCUUGUGAUUGGCAGCUCAUCGACUAGACGAAAAUGACCUUACAAAACCAAUAUUCCUAUGUUGAUUUCAUACUCGAAGGUCUUAGCUUCAACCUAUAACCAAGAAAUGUUCUUUUUCUCUGAAGGUAUCUCAUUUGUUUGCAUCGUAUCAUGAAACCUAUAAUAUUUUACUCGAUUUCAGCUUUAGUCGAGAUCUCCAAGCUGCUCAACACUGGCCUUGACCCUGAAUCUUUAGCGAUCUGUGUAAAGUUGUGCGAAGCUGGAGUGAAUCCCGAAGCAUUGGCAUCAGUUGUGCAAGAGUUACGAAGAGAAGCGGCGUCCCUACAGGUAUGAGAAACAACUGAUGCCUUUAUCUCUGUCGUAAGCUUUUGACGGAAUUGUUUCUCUUGUCCCCAUUUAGCUAUCUAGCCAUAAAAUAAUCCCAGAACUCAAUAUGACUUAAAAAUAAUUUAUUAACAAGGAUGAGGCUCAGGGAUUUCUUAUCUUAGGUUGUAUGGUCAAGAUUUGAUGGUCAAAUUAUUGGGUGCAAUAGUCCCACAAGUAUUAUGAGAAUUUGUUCUAAUAACAUUCAUGUGAUUUCAGACACAGGAUGUUGGAGAGAGGUGA